UUUAUGGUGUUUGAGCAUCUCUCUUGUUGUUGAAGCGUCAUUCACAACGGACUUUUGUUUGUUUCUUUUGCCUCUGCUCUUUUUCUCUUAGAAAUAUCCCACAGCCCGUCCAAAAUACCUCUACAAACGCAGAUCUGUCUGCUUUAGCGUACUUAAGCACCGCCCUUGUGUACCGCUCAUUAGUAGUCUUCAUUUUUUGUUUUUUUCUCUGUGCAAGAACUAAAAUAUUAUCUUUGCAUUUUCCUUUGGCUUCUUCUUUCCCAGUUGUACUUAAUUUAGCAGUUCUCUCGUCUGUAAAACAACAGAUGGAAGUAGCAAAGGCUGUGUAGUGUGGUGGGGUUGUCUUUAUGCUCUCAGAUCUGGAAGUUUGGGGAAGUUAAGACAGAGCUUCUUUUUUCACCAUCAUUGCUUUAAACUUCAUUAACAGAGAAAGAGCCCACUUUACACUUCAAGCUUUUUGGAACUUCAAAGAAGAUAUAUAUUAUUAGCUUUUCUUGAGGAACCCAUCACCCAUAUUUAUUACACUACUGUGUAUAUCUGGUGUGUGAGAUAAUUGAAGAAAUGUUGACCCUUGAGAGUAGUUGCACUACUCUGCUCAGAGAACUCCAGCAACUGUGGGAUGAAAUUGGUGAGAAUGAGGCUGAUAAAGACCAAAUGUUGAUGGAGCUGGAAAAUGAUUGCUUAGAAAUAUACAGAAGAAAAGUUGAUGAAACUGCCAAUGCCAAAGCAUGCCUUCACCAAUCCGUUGCAGCCAAAGAAGCAGAACUUGCUACCCUAAUGGCAACUCUUGGUGAACUCACUAUCAACUCACCGAUACAGUCAGAAAAGAAGAUGGCAAUGGCACUGAAGGAGCAACUAGCAGCAAUCACACCGAUAGUUGAAGAUUUGAAAGUAAAGAAAGAGAAGAGGAUAAAGCAAUUCACAGAUAUAAAGGCACAAAUUGAGAAGAUAAGUGGUGAGAUUUCAGGAUAUGGCCAUAAUGUAAUCAAUGGGGUGAAAUCUUCUUUGACUCUAGACGAAGAAAACGAUUUGUCGUUGAGAAGGCUCUCUGAACACCAAACCAGCCUUCAUGCUCUUCAGGAGGAGAAGUCUGAGCGGAUUCAGAAAGUGUUAGAGUUUGUAAAUGUAGUCCAUGCCUUGUGUGCUACUCUUGGGCUAAAUUUUGGUGAAACCGUGAGUAUUGUGGAUCCAAGCCUACAUGAUGCUAGGGUGGGACAGUCCACAAAUAUCAGCAAUAGCACAUUAGAGGGUCUAGAGAAGACAAUUACCAGGUUGAAAUCAGAAAGAAAAGAGCGUUUCUUGAAGCUGAAGGACAUUUGUAGCUCACUAUUUGAGCUCUGGAACUUAAUGGACACACCAAGAGAAGAGAAGGCUUACUUUUUAAAGGUUACCUCUGUUCUUGAUUUUCCUGAGUUCGAAGAAAUCAAGCAUCCCGGCGCUCUUUCAUUGGAAAUCAUUGAACAGGUAUCAUUGGAAGUCGAGAGGUUGACUGAACUAAAGGCAAGCAGAAUGAAAGAGUUGGUUAUGAAAAAGAGAUCGGAGUUAGAGGAUAUAUGCAAGAAGAGCCAUAUUGAGCCUGACCCAAGCACGGCUAGAGAUAAAUCAUGUGCAAUGAUCGACUCUGGUCUUGUGGAUCCUUGUGAGCUAUUGGCGAACAUCGAAUCCCAAAUUCAUAAAGCUAAGGGUGAAGCAUUGAGCCGAAAAGAAAUCACGGACAGGAUUGAACGGUGGCUGUCUGCCUGUGAAGAGGAAAACUGGCUGGAAGACUAUAACCAUGACCAAAGCCGUUACAGUGGUGGACGAGGUGCUCACAUAAACUUAAAGCGGGCUGAACGUGCUCGAAUCACUGUAAAUAAGAUCCCAGGUAUGGUUGACAGUCUGAUUAGCAAGACUCAUGCAUGGGAAGAUCAUGCGAAGAAGUUUUUUCUUUAUGAUGGGGCACGUUUGGUGUCAGUAUUGCAAGAUUAUAAAAUGACCCGUCAACAGAAAGAAGUGGAGAAAAGACGUGCAAGGGACCAAAAGAAAGUGCUUGAUCUACUGCUCACAGAAAAGGAAGCAAUCUAUGGUUCAAAACCUAGCCCAAGAAGCAAUAGCUAUAGGAAGACAACAAAUGGAGGACUUCAUGCUACUAUUAAUGGAGCAGCAGUAACUCCAUCACCACGGAGGAGUUCUGCUGGCUAUCAAACUCCCGACCAGAUGUCAACACCACGCUCGUAUUCCGGGAGACAGGACAGAUAUUUCAGGAGGCUCUCAACGGUCCCACUGAAUUUCGUGGCGAUAGCAAAGGAGGACAUGGCUUCUUUUUCAUCAGUUUCUGGUUCAGAACCUGAGUCUCCCCUUCGAACAUGAAUGGUUCAAUCCGAGCCGGGUAUGAUAGAAGUUAACUUCCAGUUGGGUCCCACUAAUGUAGGAUGUGAAUAUAGGGAAGGGAAGAUGGCAACUUGCACAUGAAUUUGAUAUGAAAAGUGGUGGGUAGCAUAUGUAUUAAUUACUACUUAGUAGCCUAGGGAAGAAUCAAUUGUUGAGUAUGGGAAUAGAAUACAAAUGAGAAUGAUGAUAUUCCUUUGACCUUUUGGGAUGUAGCCUGUUGUGUUGUUGUAUGUAGGUGGUGAUGGGGUGCCCUUAGAAAUUUGCACUCAUAAUUUCUUUGACUGGAUUCAGCUUAUACCCUUUUGUCGUUGCGUGAACCAUUUCUUCCUGUCUCUCGGAAAAGAUAACAGCCGUCGCCUUCAUGUGUUUUUUCGCUUUAUACUCUUCUCGGAGCCAUGUGAUUUUAUUUUGUAAAUAAGUGUAAUUAUUGUUAUGUUUUUAAAUACUGCUAAUUGUUAAUAACAUUUUAAGUUCA